AUGGCCGAGGAGACCAAAGCCGAGAAGUUCAGCGUUGCCGAUGUCGAGGGAGCGAAGACAUUCAUGGAAGAGCACAGGGAAUCCGGUGGUGUAUUCGGAAAGCACCGUCUCGAAUAUCAAUCGCGAAACAACACUGGGACUUCGACACGAGUACCGAAGACGAACCUGCAAGUAUCGCCUAUGUCAAAGGCCACAGGGUGGAGGUCUACGCUCAGGACCCCACGUACUGUCCGAGCGGCAAAAGAAAGGCUUUUGAACGAUGGUCUCGCUCGAUUCAAUCACAACGACCAACAGAACGACGAUUUGAAGCUCGUGAAACACGAGGGGAUGCUCGAGCUGGAUCUGGAUGCCGAAACUUUCGUCGUUGCCAUUUGCAAUACAUUUUGCAUCCGGCAGAUCGUCGCAGAGGCUUCGCAGCACUGUGGUGGACCUGCUGGCAUCUUGUGUUACGACAGUGAUUGGAACGACCUGACGAGCGAUGACCCUCCCAGUUUUGCGUUCGAAGAGUAUGCGGGCAGGUGCACGAAGAUUCACCUGAGCGAUUCCGGUCAAUUGGAAAAUGGUGUGAUCUUUAGGGAUCUAGUGCUGCAUCUGAAGCAGAGGGAAACCCCCCCUCCCCCUCGAUAG